UGCUCUUGCAGUUGACUUUAGCUUGGCUUCACCGGAGUAUUUCUAGGAAAGAGUCCCAGAAUUAGAAGUGCUGGCUUAAAGAAUAGAUAUUGCGCUGUCGUGUUUAGCUUUGGGUCUGCAGGGACCCAUGCGAGUUCCACAUGACUAUGGAGAGUGUUAUUUCUGUUCGGGGCCAAUCUACCCCGGCAUGAUGUUAGUCCGCAACGAUUGCAAGGUUUUCAGAUUUUGUAAAUCCAAAUGUCAUAAAAACUUUAAAAAGAAGCGCAAUCCUCGCAAGGUCAGGUGGACUAAAGCAUUCCAGAAAGCAGCUGGUAAAGAGCUUACAGUGGAUAAUUCAUUUGAAUUUGAGAAACGUGGAAACAAGCCUGUCAAAUACCAGAGAGAGCUAUGGAAUAAAACUAUUGAUGCAAUGAAGAGAGUUGAAGAGAUCAAACAGAAACGCCAAGCUAAAUUUAUAAUGAACAGACUGAAGAAAAAUAAAGAGCUACAGAAAGUCCAGGACAUCAAGGAAGUCAAGCAAAGCAUCCAUUUUAUCCGAGCCCCUCUUGCAGGCAAAGGAAAGAAGUUGGAAGAUAAAAUGGUACAGCAAUUACAAGAGGAUGUGGACAUGGAAUAUGUUGCCUAAAAAAUCUUACUGUCUGUGGCCAUUUCUUUUUUUUUUUUUUGUAGAGACAGAGUCUCACUGUACCGCCCUCGGAUAGAGUGCCAUGACGUCACACGGUUCACAGCAACCUCUAACUCUUGGGCUUACGUG